GGGCCAAUAAAAAUAGCCCUAUCUUAUCUAUUUCCUCUCUAAGUUUGAGAGACGUGGCUCUCGUAAGGCUUCUCUCCCUCUCUCUUUCUUCCAGUCAACGGAAAUGGUUCAGGCAGCUGUUUCAUUCCCCUGCAAUCUGAAAUUUGUUCUCCAACCCAAAACAUCCUACCUGCCCUCUUCAUCGUUUGUCAUUCCAACCAGAAACAGAAGAUCAAAAUCCAGAGUUCCUGCAAAUUUAGGUGGAGAUGGAGAAAUAAAACGUCCGGAGAAGAAGUUUAUUACUAGAGAAGAAGAACCAGAGCAAUAUUGGCAGACAGCGGGCGAGAAGGAAGGAGAGAAUCCAAUGAAGACUCCAUUGCCUUAUAUCAUUAUCCUUGGCAUGUCUACUCCGUUUGUAAUAUUAGCCAUAGCCUUUGUUAAUGGCUGGAUUAAAGUGCCUGCUAAGUGAAUUAAACCAAAUUGCACCUUGUAUGAAGAAUGAUACAAUGGUUUUGUACACAUUAUUUUAGUUUGUGUGUGUGUGUGUUUUU